GAGAAUGGGCCUGACAGCCAUUCUCCGACCCGCGUGGGCGCUGCAGGCGCAGGCCAGCGGCCAAGGGAGAGGCGAUCCCUGGGGCUCUGCCCGGGUCUCGGGACGGCACCUCACCCGCCCAAGUCCUGCUCCACAGGCUUCUCCGGGAAAGCUAGGGAAGGAAGAGGCGCGGCCUCCCGAGCCCGCAUCUCAGAGCGCCACGUCCCUCCUGGCUCAGCCUCCCCCCAGGCUCCAUAGCUUCGGCGCUCCCCACCGCCCGCCUCCAGGCUCCCCGGCGCGGCCUUGUCCCUGCUCCCGCCAAUCGGCGUCGUCAGCAAUCGCGAACCAGACCAAUGAGCGGCCGCAGGGUGUGGGAACUGUCGCCAUGGCAGCCAGGAGGCGGGCGCGCGCGGCGGGAGGAGGGGCAGAGCGGAGCGGUGGGCCGGGGGUUGGAGGACAGGUUUGUGCGCUGGACGCAAGCACCAGGCGCAGCCUCGCUCGCCGAGACCUGACCGGAACGUGUUACGAGUCAGUUUUUAGUGAAAAAACAUUGAGCUAGGAGCCAAGACCCAUCUCUUCACUAUUUUGGUAUUGUGCAAGUCAUCUUAUCUCUCUGGAUCUCAGUUGUCUCAUCUGUAAAAAGGAGAUAAAAAUUAUUUACCUGCCUGAACAUGAGGUGGAGGACCAUCCUGCUACAGUAUUGCCUUCUCUUGAUUACAUGUUUACUUACUGCUCUUGAAGCUGUGCCUAUAGACAUAGACAAGACAAAAGUACAGAAUAUUCACCCUGUGGAAAGUGCAAAGAUAGAACCACCAGAUACUGGACUUUAUUAUGAUGAAUAUCUCAAGCAAGUGAUUGAUGUGCUGGAAACAGAUAAACACUUCAGAGAAAAGCUCCAGAAAGCAGACAUAGAGGAAAUAAAGAGUGGGAGGCUAAGCAAAGAACUGGAUUUAGUAAGUCACCAUGUGAGGACAAAACUUGAUGAACUGAAAAGGCAAGAAGUAGGAAGGUUAAGAAUGUUAAUUAAAGCUAAGUUGGAUUCCCUUCAAGAUAUAGGCAUGGACCACCAAGCUCUUCUAAAACAAUUUGAUCACCUAAAUCACCUGAAUCCUGACAAGUUUGAAUCCACAGAUUUAGAUAUGCUAAUCAAAGCGGCAACAAGUGAUCUGGAACACUAUGACAAGACUCGACAUGAAGAAUUUAAAAAAUAUGAAAUGAUGAAGGAACAUGAAAGGAGAGAAUAUUUAAAAACAUUGAAUGAAGAAAAGAGAAAAGAAGAAGAGUCUAAAUUUGAAGAAAUGAAGAAAAAGCAUGAAAAUCACCCUAAAGUUAAUCACCCAGGAAGCAAAGAUCAACUAAAAGAGGUAUGGGAAGAGACUGAUGGAUUGGAUCCUAAUGACUUUGACCCCAAGACAUUUUUCAAAUUACAUGAUGUUAAUAGUGAUGGAUUCCUGGAUGAACAAGAAUUAGAAGCCCUAUUUACUAAAGAGUUGGAGAAAGUAUAUGACCCUAAAAAUGAAGAAGAUGAUAUGGUAGAAAUGGAAGAAGAAAGGCUUAGAAUGAGGGAACAUGUAAUGAAUGAGACAUUAGAUCAGCAACAGUUCUUCACAGAGGAAGAACUAAAAGAAUAUGAAAAUAUUAUUGCUUUACAAGAAAGUGAACUUAAGAAGAAGGCAGAUGAGCUUCAGAAACAAAAAGAAGAGCUACAACGUCAGCAUGAUCAACUGGAGGCUCAGAAGCUGGAAUAUCAUCAGGUCAUACAGCAGAUGGAACAAAAAAAAUUACAACAAGGAAUUCCUCCAUCAGGGCCAGCUGGAGAAUUGAAGUUUGAGCCACACAUUUAAAGUCUGAAGUCCACCAGAACUCAGAAGAAAGCUGUUAACUCAACAUCUAUUUCAUUUUUUUAGCUCCUUUCCUUUUUCUCUGCUCAAUAAAUAUUUUAAAAGCA